ACAGCUAGCCCGAGCUACUCUCCCAUUCGCCUGAUGAAGCUACUGCAGGCAGCGGAAAAACCAACCUGGAAUUUAUAGAGCGAAUAUUGCAAUCUGGCAAUGCGGAAAUAGAUGGACGUUUCAUGUCACCGAGUUGGCAUUCCACUUCUGGACUGAAGACCUGAGAGUUAGCGCCAGAGAAAAAAGGAUCGCAAUUCAGAGACAUAAUAUUAAACUCUUCUUUUUCUAUUGUUUAUAGUGGUUCUUCGGUGUGUUAUUUAGUUCCUGUGGUAUAUAGCGCCAUACUUUCUGGUGCAUGGACAGACGCACAGAGGAGGAUCUGAAGACAUUUUUUUUGUUAACCCCUAACCAUACAAAAGUGGGGUUGUAUUUCUUCCGGUGGAUCAAAGUAAAUUACUUUCAAAUCUUGCAUCAACAUGGACGUGUUGGCGAAUUACAGUAUUUUUCAGGAACUCCAACUCGUGCAUGACACUGGCUAUUUCUCUGCAAUGCCUUCGCUGGAGGAGAACUGGCAGCAGACGUGUCUGGAGUUGGAGCGGUACCUGCAGACGGAGCCCAAGCGUCUAUCAGAGCUGUUUGACGAGGAGCUCGACUGCCUCCUGACGCCUGCCUUCAUGGAGGGUGCUGACAGUGACCUGAUGGAUCCCCUGGACCCACUCCUCCCCAGCCCCCCUCCCCUCCUCGUCUCCCUCCCCAAGGUCCUACAUGCCCCACACCUUCACAACACCAAGGCCUCUGAAAAAGAGUCUGGAGCGAAGAUCACCAAGGAGGGGGUCAACGGGGUCAACGCUGCCCAGCUGAGUGCCGUCACCUCCCUCACGCCGCCCUCCUCGCCGGAGCUGGGCCGCCACCUGGUCAAGCCGACGCAGACUCUCACCGCUACAGCCGACGGCACGCUCACGCUCAAACUGGUGGCCAAGAAGGUUGGUCUGAACGCAGCCAAGCUGGUGGCCAUGCACGCCACACUACCCUCGCCGCCCAGCAGGGGGGCACACAGUGACAGCGAGCAGGGGUCUGGGUCGCUGGGGGGAGAUAUCCCUGAGAACAAGAAGAGAGUCCAUCGCUGCCAGUUCAACGGCUGCAGGAAGGUUUACACCAAGAGUUCCCAUCUGAAGGCCCACCAGAGAACACACACAGGUGAGAAGCCGUACAAGUGCUCCUGGGAGGGCUGUGAGUGGCGUUUCGCCCGGAGCGAUGAGUUGACAAGGCACUAUCGUAAACACACCGGGGCCAAACCAUUCAAGUGUAACCACUGUGACAGGUGUUUCUCCAGGUCCGAUCACUUGGCGCUGCACAUGAAGAGGCACAUCUAAGAGAGAGGGAGGAGGAGAGCGGGGAAGAAGAGCGAGAGAAGGGAGAUAGGAGAGAAGAAGAAGUAGGCAGGAGGGAAGACGAACCACACACCAGCUCUAGCUCUCACCAUCCCGAGGCUGCCCCUGCCACCUGAGACCUGACACUAGAAGCAUAGCAUGGGGGAUGACACGCUGGACGGAUGUAAGCCACGACCCAGGAUGGACCCAUGGUCAGCGAGGACAGAUGGAGUGAUGGGGGGAAAGAGAAGGAGGAGGAGGAGCUUGUUGUUGUUUUUUAAUUCACACUUUGUGAUUCACACAUCUCUCUUUUAUUGCAUCCUCUGAUUAGCCAUGCCUUGGUCUGAUCCAAGUCUGGUAACUCAGACACUGCCAAACCAAUACGCUGAUCCAGUUAUGACCCAUUUACACUCUACUGUUUAUUUUGUGUACAUUUAAACUAUAGAGCGACUUGGGAAAGCAGAUGGUUCACCCAGAAUAAACUGCUAAACUUUGACACGCCAAUCGUCAGUGACUUGCAGAAGCAACGAUGGGCAUCCCAAACCAACAGCAACUAUUGCCCAUUUUAUUCUGGUGUGCUGUUUCCCAAUCCUAUCACAAUGUUUUAGGGGUGUCUCUACCCUCACCAAGCCGUGUGAAAUAACAACAAUGCCAGAAUAGCGAGAAGAGAGAGACCAAUGGAACUAGUGGCCAAUCCGUCAGUGUCGCCCCCUGUCUGUGGGAGGAGGGUCUGACACUUCAGAGAGCGAGCUCUGUGACCCUGAUGCGGACUUCUCAGGCUCUCCUGUAGGAGGCGCUCUGCUCUUCUCUCUCACCUUCACUCCUGCCACCUCACAGGCAACAUCUAACAAAUGCGCAGCGACACUUUCUUGCCUUUGUUUUUUAAAGACAAUGAAUUAUUAUUAUUAAGAAUAAAGGUCUGUUUUCUCUGAAAUGUCUUAAAAAUUCACUGAAGGACAAAAACUAAAACAGUUUAUGUACAAACGAAGAACAAUGUGCUCAUUCAACAACGAAUGAACUGACCCCGACCCGUAUGCACAGGCUAAACUCAGUAGCCGCUAUCUAGCACUGAUAGCUAAGAAGAUGGAAAAACAAAAAAUAAAUCACAUGAACGCUGAAAGAAAAAGGAUUUGUAUUGUUGGCCUGAUAUUAAAGGAAAGGCCGUCUGUUUUCCACUCUGUGUUUUUCUCCGAUCCAGCUGAAAACAAACCUUGCCGGGACCUUCGAGGCUUCAUCACCAAGCCAGGACCAGAACAGAACAGAAAACUGGAAAAUGUUUGCUUUGCUUGUGUGGAUUGUGGAACUCCACCAUCUCCCAUAGGAAACCCCUAUCUCCUCCAGUAUGGAGGGGCCUGGGAGGCUGGUCUGCUGUGACCACAUCCCCUAUUUGGGAGACUAGGGACCUGAUAGGCUACUGGACAUGAAUCUGGGUAUUAGAAAGGACAACAUGGCCUCAUCAUCCCAGAGGGACUUGCCUGUUUCGUAUCCAUUGUCCGCACUGACUUUUUCAAUGUUAUCUGUGCUUUUUUCAUACAGUACAACAAAAAAAACUGAAAAAAGAAUACAAAUAAAAAACACUCAAAAAAAUACUACACAAAAAAAACUGAUUCCGUCUCUCUCACCGUACAGGCACGUAGACACACCAACACACAGAACAGUUUGCUCAUGGCUCCACUUUGAGAUAAGGAAAAUAUAUGAUUGAGUUAAUGAACAGACUUGGAAAGCAAAACACUGCAUGGCAGCUUCUCACACUCGGAUCGCUUCCCGGAAUCAUUUGUUCUGCUCCAAAUUUUUCACAGUAGGAUUUUUAGCAAUUGUUGUUUUGUAGAUGAAGAUCUGAUUCCGCUGGAGGUAACGGCUUUGAAGUGAGAAAACGAGCUCAUUCUCAUGUUCAAACAAUCUCAGUCUCUGUAUGUUAACAAUCAGCUUCAACAGCAUGGGACCAGAUUCCUCUGCCCCAGGUCUAUGAAGUAUUACAUAGCCUUGCAAUCAGGGCAUUAAUACCAACACCACUGUCACUAUUACUGUACCCACAAACUUCCCCUCUCACAUAAACCCUGGCCUCCUCACAUCAGUUGUAAUGGCUGCUGUAUCAUAA